AUGCCAAAACGCGUUCACAGCGCCAGUGAUCGCGAUGAUAGUGAGUCAACUGGUUCAUCGAAACGAACUCGCAAAGUAGCUGAUUUAGCUGAUGUUUGUCAAGAAUUCUACAAUGAUGUACGAGCUCAUAAAACUGAAGAUGGAAGAAAUCCAUCGGAAAGCUUUAUUCGACUUCCAAAUAAGAGAGCAAGCGCAGAUUAUUACAAUUCAAUAAGUGAUCCAAUUGAUUUCACACAAAUUCAACAGAAAAUUCAUUCUGAGGAAUAUACUACCUUGGAACAACUAUACGAUGAUAUUGAAUUACUCAUCAACAACGCAAAGAGUUUCUAUCGAAAAAAUUCUAGUGAAUGGAAAGAUGCGAAUGAACUAUCGAGAUACGUUUACUCGAAAACCAAAUCCGAAACCAUCGAUUCUCACUAUUUCGAAGAAUUCUUCACAGCGAUAUACAACGCUCAAAUCGAUGAUCGACCCAUCACUGACAUUUUCCUCUUCCUACCUUCACGAAAAAUCUAUCCUGAUUACUAUUUAAUAGUAACCAAGCCAAUUGAUCUAAAAAUGAUCGCAAUGAAAAUACAAAACAAUGAGUACAGUACACUUGAUGACAUGGAGAAUGAUUUAUUACUAAUGAUUGCAAAUGCAAGGAAAUACAAUGACCCUAAAUCACAAAUCUACAAAGAUGCUUGUGCUUUGAAAAAGAUCAUAACCAAUGUUCGAAAUGAACUUGAUUCUGCUCUCAAAUCUCCUAAUGAUCGUUUGAGACUUCGUAAACGUGACGUUCUUCUAUCAUCGGAAGUAGCAAAUAUGGAAUAUCCUGAAGAGCCUGAUGAUGAAGAAAUUGUUCCAUCACAAACCGAUGAUGCUGACUCCGAAACGAGUUCACUUGGCGAUGAAGAUGAUUUGUAUAGAAUUUUGUACAAUGCUGUUCGAUAUUAUAAACUUGGUGCUCAGAGCUUAAUCGAUCCAUUUAUGAAAUUACCGAAUAGGAGAUUUCAUCAAGAUUAUUACGAAGAAAUUCAACGACCGAUAGCAAUGUCUGUUAUUAAAAAUCAUAUCAAAAAAGGAAAAUACACGUAUUUAGAUGAUCUUGUCGAUGAUCUGAAACUGAUGUUUGAUAAUGCGAUGCAGUAUAAUCAAGAAGGAUCGUUAAUUUAUAAUAGUGCCAAGAAAUUACUUGAUGUUACUUUACUCAAAGCUCAUGAGCUUGGUUAUGACGAACAAAAACCAAGGAUCAAGGAAGCUUGUACUAAUUUUCCAACGAUCAAUGUCAAAGAUGAAUAUCGGGAUUCACCAAGUCCGCAAUCACCGAACUCACAACGAGGACGACCACCGAAGAAACCUGUUAUCAAAACGACAGAACAGAACAUUCUCGCGAUUUACACUUACAUCCGAGAAUAUCGAGAAAAUGAUGUUGGACUCAUUGCUCCAUUCUUGGAACUUCCAUCUGCGGAGGAAUAUCCUGACUAUUAUGAAACAAUCGAACAGCCGAUUGAUAUGGCUAUGAUCAAAGAAAAGAUUGAUAAAGGAAUCUAUAAACGUGAACAGGAUAUAAUCGAUGAUCUCAAUCGGAUGUUUAACAACGCUAAAGUUUAUAAUGUCGAUGAAUCCUAUAUAUUCAAAUACGCUGCUCGUCUCGAACAAGCCUUAACAACAAAAUUCAAAUCAAUGGUUGUCAAAAAGGAAAAAACAUCGCAAUCACUUCCACGAAUAAUCAACAAACGAUCAUUGAAUUCCUUACAAGAUAAAAUCUCCUAUCUAAUUCAAAUGAUUAAAGCGUAUACAGAUCAUCAUGGACGAACUCUAUCAACAGUAUUUUUGACAUUACCAUCCAAAAUCGACUAUCCGGAUUACUAUGAAAUUAUUCACAAACCGAUCGAUUUGAAACGUAUUGAAUCACGGCAUUAUUCCUCGAUUAAUGAACUGUCCAAUGACUUCAAAUUGAUGUUUGAUAAUGCAUUAUUGUACAAUGAACCGGGUUCAGUGAUCUAUCGAGAUGCGUUGACUUUACAACGAUUGUUUCUGGAGAAGAAACGUGAUUUUGUACAGAAUGAGAGCGUACAAACUCUUGUUUCUGAGCUACUGAUUUGCUUAUUCAUUCGAUUAUUUAAUUACGAGGAUCAAGAUGGGCAAUAUAUUAGCGACUCAUUUUCGGAAUUACAAGAACAAGCAGAAAACGAACCAUUUGAUAUUAUCUACACAUUCGAUCUCAUCCGGCAAAAUCUUGAUAAAUAUCGAUAUCGUCGUUUGGAUGUUUUUCAAGACGAUCUGUUCAAAGUAUUCGAACGUGUGCGCAAAUUAAGUUCAGCAACAUCACCAGUUUAUCAAGAUUCGAUUAAGUUACAACGUAUUUACAUUCGUUUACGAGAUGACAUCUGUCAACACGGCAGUUUACUUCGAUCACCGGCACUUCUAUUCAAUGAAGAACGAUUUCAAGAAGAACUUGUUCGCGAACGAACGGAGAAAAGUUCAACGACGAAUACGAAUAAUCAGGACAGUAGCAUCUCACCAACGAAAUCAUCUGAUUCAGAUGAGCAGAAAGUUUCGCCAAGCAAAUUAUCAUCACCGAUCGAGAAAAGUUCCCUAUCCAAAGGUCAAACUUAUUAUCUGGGUGAUUUUGUUUAUAUCGAACCAUUCGACGAGUCUAGUGAAUCUGUGAUUGUUUGCAUCGAAUCAUUCGAACGUAAGAAUAACGAGGAAUUCUUCAACGGCUUACAAUUCGUUCGUCCUAAUGAAACGUAUCAUACUCCAACACAAAAAUUUCUUCGUCAAGAAGUGUUUCUCACUCAACCGAUUGAACAUAUUUCCAUGAAUAAGAUUCAAAGCUUGUGCUACGUUCUUCAUGUCAAAGAUUAUUUCAAAUAUCAACCAGUCAUCGAUGAAAGCGAUACGCCAUUCUCCGAUCAAGAUGUGUAUGUUUGCGAAUCACGGUACAAUGUGAAGACGAAAAUGUUUAAGAAAAUCAAGUGGUGGAAUGUACCGGACAAUAAACGUGUGAAGUUGAUCCAACGCGAAGUUCCGCUGGAGAAUAUACGUAUGCCAUCAACAUUGGUGCAUCAUCGAUCGUCGACAAUGGAUACUGAUGUGACAAAUGUAGACAUUAUCGAUAAAGCAAAAGAAAUGGUAUUGUAUGAUGCAGUUAUCAAUGAUAAAUUAAAUGAAAAUUCGUCGGUUCGACGAGAUUUCUACGAACAAAUUGUCUUCUCUCCAAACCGAUUUUACAAAGUUGGCGAUUUUGUCUACGUUACGAAUGUCGAGAAUAAUAACAAUAAUGCUUUACAAAAACAAUUUAUCAUUCGAGUGGAUAAAAUUUGGAAAGACAAUGAUUCGUAUUAUGUCAGUGGACCGGUUUUCAUCCAACCAUCAGAUAUUAAUAAUCGAGAACAAUUAAUCAUCACUUCCAAAUGUUUCUAUGAACGAGAAGUGAUUAAACGCGAUGGUCCGAGUACGCAGAUCUCAUUAAACAAUAUGCGAGGCAAAUGUUCGGUGCUUUCUGUGAAACAUUUCUGCACUCAUCGUCUAACGGAAAUUUCCGAAUCGGACGUAUUUGUUUGUGAAUCGAAAUAUGUUAGUGAAGAUCAUAGUCUUCGUGCAUUAUCAAAACCAUUGAAAAGAAUAUCGUUAUCUUCGAAAGCAACAGCUGAUGAAAUUUGGACUUUCCGAAAGGAACUUUUACUUAAACAGGAUACACCUGGCGGCUUAAUGAAACUUGUUGACGAAGGCUCACCAAUGGAUAUCGAUGAUCAAUCGAACUCUGUUCUCAAUGGUGAUGAUCAUCAAUCAAAUUAUGAGACAAGCAAUAGUGGCACAAAUCUGAAUUCGUCAUUUUCAAAUCGUUAUAGCAACAAUCGAAAGAGUAAUCGACGUGUGUCAAUAACUCGACCAGUCUCUGGUUAUCUCGUCUUUGCAAGUGAAUCACGAAAACGCUUAGUACGUGAUAAUCCAGGCAUUCCAUUUGGCGAUUUGAGUCGAAUUAUCGGUGAUCAGUGGAGGCGUUUGCCUGCGUUGGAACGCGACAAAUACGAAGAAAAAGCUCGCGAACGAGCGAAAGAACAAGAAGCUCACGUUGUUAACAGUCCGAUUGUUAACGAACCUCCACCGCGUAUAGUCAACGGUCCAAUAACCACGAAUGGAUAUUAUCCUAAUGUCCAACAACCAAUCAACGGUAUUCUUCCUGUUCUAUUGAAAGCACCUACAACAGCUCCUGUUAUGAAUGCUCCUCCACGAGUGCAACGCGUGGCACAUUCAGAAAUGUAUUCAAGAUAUAUCGAUCAUUUGAAAACUGAUCAUCCAUUUAUAUCUGAUUGGCCAAAACAAAUCAAAGCAUCAAUUGGUAAUAAUGGCCAUAUAUCGUCACGACCGUUACCGACGCAUUGGUUUAUGAAUAAUAGCCCCGGUUUUUACAAUAACACGUAUGAAGCACUAUGGUCAAUGCGUGAUAAUAUGUGGUCGGAUGUAGUUCGUGUACGGAAUGUAUCCUCGGAUGAAUGGUAG